GAUGUAUCUCCAAAAAAUGUGCCAAGAAAGUCUAUAAAAGGCCGACCUGGGAUGUCCCCCAUCUACCACGCAUUCCUCGCAUCACUUCGCACAUCGCUCCUCAGACAUGGACAGUGGAAAGGAACGGGUGAAGUGCCCUAAUCACAUCAUGUGCCAUAGUGUCAAUGAGAAGCUGUAUUUCGACUGCCACGGAGGUCGAUGCCUUGAUUGCAACAUGACUUAUGCGCGCGAUUUCAUCUUCUUUACGUCGGAAGAGGUCUCAGGGGAGGAAUGCCCGGUCUGCCUGGACACUUCAAAGGAAAACUUUCUUAAAUACCCGUGUGGACACUACAUCUGUGUUGAUUGCUUCUAUCCAACGAUGAGGAUGGACGGUCCAAGAGAAGUGGACUUUGAUCCAGAGUUCUUUUCAAACCAAACAGAGGACAUCACGGAUGGAAUAUCUGAUGACCUGUUUGAACGCUGGCAGCAGGAAGAACGCCCUGAGUAUUAUGCUUGGGAUCGGGCUGACGACAAGUUUCAGCAAACAGAGCAAGAGAGAAUGCAACAUCACCAACGACUCUUGCGGCGUUGCCCAAAGUGCAGAUACAAGGGCCUGCCUGUAGCAGGAAAAGUUGGUGGCUCUAGGGCCUGUGUUGAAUGCCCGUAUUCCAAUGCAGGGCAGUGGAUCGGUAUUCUAUCCAAUUGAAAGCGGCUCUAGGGUCUGCGUUGCAGUCAUCUAGCAACUAAAUAAAGAUUAGGAAAACAUGAGCAGAUCACAUGGAAAAUAAAAAAAUCAAGUUCAUAU